GGUGUGCCAGUUGAGGAGUCUGCGAGUGUCAGCCGGCACCGGCAGUAUUAGUGAAUGGCGAGGCUGCCGUUCGCAGCGGUAGUCGCCCAGCAGAGGAGGAGGAAGGAGAGGAGUAUAAACUUCUUCCUCAACAUCAGUGGAACACACCGCCGAUGAGGGACUGCAAGGAAAGAGCAUUCGGCGGAGCAGAAUGGCUGCACCCGAUCUUCUGGACCCCAAAUCCUCCGUCCACAACUGCAAGCCGCGCCUGUCCUUCUCCGCCUCCAAGCCCGUGCUGCUGCGUCCCCCCGAGGACGACGAGGACGAGGACGAGGAGCCCGCCCGCGUGAGCGUCAUGCGGUGGAAGACGGUGUCGGGCAUCUUCGGCCUGGUGGUGGCGGUGCUCAUCCUGGGCGCCACGGUGUUCCGGGCGCUGGAGCAGCCGCACGAGACGGCGCAGAAGCUCGCCAUCCUCGAGGAGAAGCUCAGCUUCCUGGUGGAGCACCCCUGCGUCAACGCCACGGAGCUGGAGGACCUGGUCAAGCAAGUAGUGCUGGCCAUCCGGGCAGGAGUCAACCCCUCCGGAAACCCGUCCAAUCAGACGAGCCUCUGGGACCUCAGCAGCUCCUUCUUCUUCGCCGGCACCGUCAUCACCACCAUCGGCUUCGGGAACAUUUCUCCGCACACGGAAGGCGGUCGGAUCUUCUGCAUCAUCUACGCGCUGCUGGGGAUUCCACUCUUCGGGUUCCUGCUGGCCGGAGUGGGCGACCAGCUGGGCACCAUCUUUGGCAAGGGCAUCACCAGGGUGGAGAAGAUGAUAGUGAAGUGGAACGUCAGCCAGACAAAGAUCCGCGUCAUCUCCACCGUGGUCUUCAUCCUCUUCGGCUGCCUCCUCUUCGUCAGCCUCCCGGCGGCCAUCUUCCAGUACAUCGAGGGCUGGAGCACGCUGGAGUCCCUGUACUUCGUGGUCAUCACCCUCUCCACCAUCGGCUUCGGGGAUUUUGUAGCAGGUGGUUCUGAGAUCGAGUACCAGGAGUACUACAAGCCCAUGGUGUGGUUCUGGAUCCUGGUGGGCCUGGCCUACUUCGCAGCGGUGCUCAGCAUGAUCGGAGACUGGUUUCGGGUCAUAUCCAAGAAGACCAAAGAGGAGGUGGGGGAGUUCCGUGCGCACGCGGCGGAGUGGACGGCGAACGUGUCGGCGGAGUUCAACGCCACGCGGCGGCGCCUGAGUGUGGACGUCUACGACCGCUUCCAGCGCGCCGCCUCCUUCAAGCGCAAGCUCUCGUCGGAGAUGGGCGGCCCCGGGGGGGGACCCCUGGACAUGAGCCCCGUCAGCCCGGGCAAGAGGACGCUCUCCGUCAGCCUGGGGGGGGACGAGUACGAGGGGGGGGGGCCACACCAACCCCCCCUCAGCCUCGCACGCAACGGAAGCCUCUUCCUGAACGGCCUCAGCCCCGACUACGUCCACCGCAGAGACAUCCCCAUUAUAGAACACCUCAAGUAGAGAGGGAUAGAGAGAGGAGGGGGGAGAGAGAGAUAUCCCCAUUAUAGAACACCUCAAGAAGAGAGGGAUAGAGAGAGGA